AUGUAUCUAAAGACCUUGCGUUCGGCUUCGCGCCCUGCAGUUACGAACUUACGCUCCAUCGCCCUUCAACGAUUCACAUCGACAGCAGCUCGGCGGAGGCCCACCCGAUCAUGGAAGAGCUCAGCAGUGCAGCUUAGUCUUGCUGUUGGCGCAUUCUACUACUUCAAUACCAGCCCUGUAUUUGCAGAGGCUACCGCACAAACGAUACCGACUCCUACCCGCUCCGACGACAACCCUUCCAAAGACCUCAUUGCCGAGAAGCAAAGACAGAUAAAUGCCAAUACUGAGACAACACAUGAGAAUGACCCCGAAUCGGCCAAGAACCCCGAGCCCCAAUCGGGCGCCCAGAGUGGCAUAGCUACCAAUGACGCUGCCAACCCAGAGGAUAAAAGUCAGCAGGGUGCCUUCAACCCGGAGACGGGGGAGUUCAAUUGGGACUGCUCUUGCCUUGGUGGAAUGGCCCACGGUCCAUGCGGAGAAGAGUUCAAGAGCUCAUUCAGCUGUUUCAUGCUCUCCACCGAUGAGCCCAAAGGAAUGAACUGUAUCGAACACUUCAAAGUAAUGCAAGAGUGCUUCAAAAAGUACCCAGAUGUCUACGGAGGGGAAUUGACCGACGACGCGGAGGGUGAUCCUGCACCGAACCUUGACGAUGAGCAGCCUGACGCCUCAAGCGUGCCCAUGAAAGCUCAAUCAACUACUCCUGUUGAGGCAGGUGCUGCAUCGAAAGAGCCAGAGCGAGCGCGCAAGAAUGAAGGACCAAAAAAGAAAGUAAAUGCUGAACGUAUAUAG